AGGCCAGACACCGCCGCGGCGCCGCUCCACACAAGCGAACCAUUUCUCUCCGCCACGCCGCGCUCCACGCGCCGCUUCCGGAACCUUCCAGAAGGGUCAGUGGAGGCAUGGAGGUGCAGCUUUCGAGGGGCACGGUGGCGGCCAUCUGGGAGGACCCGCCGGCGGUGCCGGCGGCGGGGGUGCCGCUGGUGCUGCAGGUGGCGGACUUGCGCCCGUGGCCGGACGCGCCGGGAUCAGGAUGGCGCGCUAUGGUGCUCUCCGACGGCGACCACUUCAUCUGCGGCGCUCUCCUCCCCGACGUCGCCGCCUCGCCAGCCGCCGUGAGGAUGCGCAAGGGCGCCGUGGUCCGCUUCCCCGACUUCAUGUUCAGAGUGCAAGUGCGUAAGAGGCUCAUAAUCCCAAAAGAACUUGAAGUGCUGCAGUCUAAAUGGGUGACAAUUGGGAAUCCCAAACUGUACCAGCCCGCCCACUGGGAAGGCAAGCAUGAAGAAUUGAAUCCUCAAUUAGCGUCCAGUUCUUCCAUACUGAACACUGGAGCCUAUUCUGCUGGGCAAGGCUUGAAACAGCUUCUGACAAGGGGGAAGGUGGCGAUGUUGCAGUAGCCUGUGAUGCAGGUGGUCAGUGUGAUGAGGUCAGGGCUGGGAAAGCUUGAGAAAUUCCAUCUGGUCCUCUCCGAUGGUGUGCACACACAGAAUGCUACACUAGCAUCCCACCUGAACUGGCUGGUCAACAACAGUCACCUCCAGAUGGGCACAAUAGUCUGCCUCCUCGAGUUCAUAUGCAAUACCCUUCAGAGUCCCGGGUGAGAAUCUUUACCUGUUCUGCAAUUGGGUCCUUGUGCAAUAUAGAGCGGAUGUUUGAGGUUUCUGGCUAUCACUUAGAUGGUUCACAAUACAUUUAUUAGUUACCUUGUGUACAGAUAUAUAGCUCAUAUACAACAAUAGUGAUGGCAUAUCACAUUUAGUUUUCUCUAACUGAAUUAAUAUUGCAGCAACAUUCUUAUACUACUUGUGUUCCAUCUAGGUAGGUUUGCGUGUUCACUGUUGACACUAGAACUCUUCCUGAGCCAUAAGCAUUGUUUUGGUGCCUGGUAAUUUCAGGGAGGGGCUGGGUAGUAUAUUGUAGUCUCUCUGUUCGUAAAUGUAUGACGUUUUGGACAUUGACCUAAUCAAUAAUAUGAAACUUUGACUGCUAUCUUUUGUAUGUAAAGGACAAUAAAGGAAGUUGUUAGUAUACUAUGAGCAUAUUUUUCCUCAAGAAUCUAAUUACACUCUGUGCAUAUGACCAAUGGAAACAGUUCUUUUAUAGUCAAUGGUCCAGGUUAAAGAUACGGGGCCAUUGCGUUCAUGCCCCUGCUUUGAAGUGAAAUGGUGAUUUUGCCCUCGUGUUUUCAACUUUGUGAUUUUACCCCUGCUUUUUCAAACCGAAGAGAGUUUGCCCGUGUUCUGUGUAGAUGACUUAACGGUGUCAAAUUUGCUACGAAAAGACAAGUUUGCCCACUGGAAGUGUUCUCGGGUGUAGUUUAUGCAGAAGGACUAACACUCAAGGCAGUGUCACAUGUAUUUGCCAGAGCUCUUGGUUUUCUUUGCCAUAAGGCUGAUCACUUAGAAACUGCAUUUGGUCAACGGGUCCAUAUUAUAUUAUUAAAGUAGAAAAACAAGCAAUAGUGUCUGUCACUGUUAGCUAUCCUUUGAUUGGGAUAAAUGGAUUUCUUAAUUUUCUUAAAGUGAUUUUUUUAGGCUGUAUAGUUUAAACUGAAUGCCAACUUACUUUUGGUCGAAUGCUCUUUUAUUAGUUAUUACUCAUCUAUAAGUUCCCCAACUCAAUGUCACAGCAUUUGAAGGAGUGUCGUGCUCAGUUUAAUAAAAAUAUUUUCUUGAGUUAUGGUUCUUGCUGAUUAUUAAAGAUCUUUCAUAACUGGGUUUAUUUCUUGAAAAGUGUUUUAUGGUAGAGCACGAAGCAUAUCACACUUAAAUAUGAGGAAUAUGUUUAUGAUAUGAUUUAGAUUGGUUGGAGCACUACUAGGCUAACGAAUCACAAGUACUUCACUUACCAAUUUUCCUUCCGUCAUGCUUACUUCUGAAAUCAGUAUGGUCAGUGUUGUCCAACUUGAAGUACUUCAAGCAGAGUGUGAGCUGAUUGGAAGCCCAAAAGCAUAUGAGCUCUGCAGUGUUGGAAAACCUUAUGGGGUCCAGAUUAAAUGUGGUGAACCAUAUCAUGGAUCACUGCCCAAUUAUGCUCAACCAUAUAAUGCAUCCUAUUCAAGUGGUCAAGAUUUGAAGUGGCACCUUACUCAGGGCGCGGUAGUGGCAAUGUUGGUGGGUAAAAUGGCAGUUGAGCAGCAGCCAGUGAUGCAAGUGGUUGAUGUCUCACGACUGCGGCAACAAGUUCAGCACGUAUUGCGUUUUGCUUUCUGAUGGUGUCUACCAGGAGCACGCCCUUCUCUUUGCUGACAUGGACCCCCUGGUUGCAGGUAACCGGCUCCGCAAUGGUUCAAUAGUUUGCAUCCUCUUGUCCGACUGCGACACCCGCAUGGGUUACAGGGUUUCCUUUGUGAGCCUGGAGGUGCUUCAACUGGAAUGCGAGCUGAUAGGAAGCCCCAGAUUUCACGAGCUUGGACUAAAGCACAAGGGACUGUUACAACUGUAUAUCGAGGUUGCUAGAUAUCUCCCAGUGCCACGACCUGGGCAAAACUACUUCAGGGUCCUGGGUCCACCGGAAGAUGCAGCGAAAUGGAGUGGUCAAUCCCAUCCUGGGGACAAAUCCACGCCUGAUUGAUCAGUUACUUCACGUGCUGAGUUUUCUCUUGUUGAUAUGGAUCAUUGGUUGUCGACACGGUUGGAUCUGUUGUCUUGUUGCACAUGCUGUCGGAUGCAGAAGAAACCCCAACGAUGAUGUUACCUUAUGAAGAUCACUCAUUGCUAGCUUUGCGACAUGUUUCUGUUUUCCCAAGAAAUAGGAGUAGGAUUUUCCAAGGAGACAGGAACCAGAGGAUCAAGAUUAAUUCAUAACUAGGCUGCUCUAAAUCU